UCCGGCUCAUUUGGGGGACGACAAUUCCAGAAGAAAAAUCAGGGAUUCGAAAAGACGCACAUUUUCCUGUCGAUCGAAGAGAGCGAGAGACAACGAGAGAGGAAAGCCAGAAUGGCGUCGUUUCUGCAGACGUUUCUGGACCCGAAGAAGAACUGGUUCGCAGCUCAGCACAUGAAAUCCGUCUCCAGACGCCUCCGCAGAUACGGGCUUCGAUACGACGAUCUGUUCGACCCGUACGAGGAUCUGGAUAUUAAGGAGGCUCUGAAUCGCCUGCCCAGGGAGAUUGUGGACGCGCGCAACCAGCGUCUCAAGCGCGCCAUGGACCUCUCCAUGAAGCACGAGUACCUCCCCGAUAACCUUCAGGGAAUGCAAACACCCUUCAGGAGCUACCUUCAAGAAAUGCUGGCCCUUGUGAAAAGGGAGAAGGCAGAACGUGAGGCUUUGGGAGCUUUGCCUCUCUAUCAGCGUACAAUUCCCUGAUCAACUUUGUCUCUCGACCCAUCGAAACUUGGUGGUGGCUGUGACCACCCCCGGGUACCCGCAUAAAAUCUUGUGAAAUGGUAAAAAUUUUUUACUUUUAAAAAAAAAAAAAAAAAAUGAGAUUAUGUUAGUAGUCGUGAAAAAUUGUUUUCAUAGUAGAAGAGGAGAUGGAUUAUGUCUCCAUUUCAAAGUUUGAUUUCCUAGUUUUUGGAUGUUUGAAUGGUAUCAGCUGUUGGUUCUCCUGCACUUACUCUUUUAUUUCUAAUAAUAAAGUGCUAUGUUGGACUUA